UGCAGGGUGAGUGUGAGCUCCAAUACGGUGAAUCGCUUCCGACGACUCGUGAGUGUGAGCCCUCCACAUGCGCAACAGUAUAUUUUCCUUAGAACGAAAACAUUCUCCUCUCUUACGCUUGAACUUCUCUUUAUUGGCGACACCUACGAAAGCUCCGACAGCUUUCAGCUGUUCUUAUCACCUAUUUUUCUUGACUGGUUGACCCCGCAAAGUUAGCCUUACAUAUAGGUACCAUCGUACCCUAGAUACCGGUUUUGUCUUGUCGUCCAAUCUCUCAGCUCUUCACAUUCACAGAAUGAGUGCAGCACGCCGACUAGCAAGGGAGCUCACGAAGCUUCACGAACACCUACCACCGGGUAUCAGCGUUGCUCUUGCGGAAGGCUUCCAGGAAUGGCGUAUGAAUAUCAAAGUCCUUGACGACAACCCUAUAUACGCCGGAGAAACCUAUCAACUACUAUUCAGAUUCGGAAACAGCUAUCCCAUCGAGCCCCCCGAAGUCGUCUUCAAGCAGACCCCCGAACAUCCCAUUCCCCUCCAUCCACAUGUCUACUCGAACGGAAUCAUAUGUCUUGAUCUGCUAGAUCGCCAGGGGUGGAGCCCUGUGCAUAACGUCGAAAGUAUCUGUGUAAGCCUACAAAGUAUGCUCACAGGCAACACGAAAAGAGAGCGACCACCUGGCGAUGAACAGUUCGUGCGUAGUAACCGGUCGCGACCACGGGACAUCAACUUUCUCUUCCACGACAAUGAUGUAUAAUACGAGGAGAACGGCUGUCGGCGUUCGGGUCACUGGGAAGUGAAUGGUACAUGGGAUACAAUUGAGCAUUGCAUAGCACUGGAGGCGCAUUAUACUCGUCUGAAGAGUUGGGUAUCUCGAGUUCUUAAAAAUUAUUACUGGCAAGGACUUUGUGAUCCAUACCAAUGCUAUUCUCACCUGGGCAUCUGAAGUCUAUCCCACUCUGAAUUCCCUUUCAAAUAAUGUUUUAUCCCAGUCCAGAGGAGAGGUGCAAAUUUUACAGAGAGCCGGAUGCUGUUUACAAAAUCAUUUCAUCCGAUGGUUUGAUUAUUGAAUGGUCGUGCGAGGAGUUGACCUUAGAAGAUCCGAGGAUUUGCCGUUAUCGAUUAUCGGCUCGCCUCGACAAAUUUAGUGGAAUGCGCGAAAGGCGGUGGGUGCGUAAAUUUUCGACGAGCUCACCCAAAAUUUACACUUGCGUU